GGAGAGAUGCCCGAGUUUUACCUCCGAGACACUGCCCACCGGGGCCCGCACCGCCCGGAAGAGAGAGAGAGUGAGGGAAUAUGCCGCGGAGCCCCUGCCCAGUCCCACCAUCCUCCCCCUUCCUUCUUCCACAUCGACGCCAUCGGCGCACCAGGUGCCGUCGCCGACGGUUCGGCCUCUCGGAGAGCGGCCGCCUGACGCGGGGCGACCGCGUCCGCGUCGAUGGCCGACGGAGGAGCGACAUCGAGCGCCGUCGCUGGAGGCCGCUUCGAGGGGCGGCCGGCGAGCGCCGCGGGCGGGGCGUGGGCCCUGCUCUCGACGGCGCACUCGGCGCUGGGUCAUCGGCCAGUUCAGCUACCCGGAUCAGGAGGACGCGCUGCUGUGCCAGCGCCUCGUCCGCCGCACCGGCCGGCGCCGCGGGCCGGCUCGUUCCCCGCCAACGCCGUCGAACGGCGCGCCUCGUGCCGCGGCCUUCUUCCGCGCGGCCGCAGGUUCGGCCUCGCGGCGAUUGGCGGGCGGCGUCGACUGCAUUCGGCCGCAUCGACGCGGGGCGACGGGGAGCGCGUCGGUGGCCGGCGGUGGCGCGGUGUGCAGAGCGACGGCGAGCGCCGCCGCUCGAGGUUGCUUCGAGGGCGCAGCGGCAUGGACCGGCCGCGAGCGCGGCGUACGGGGCGUGGCCCCUCCUCUCCGUACCCAGGGCCUUGUGCCUGGCACGGAGGCUGCCGAAGACGGUGUCGGCGGAGAUGGGCGCGCUGCCGCGCCAGCGCUUCGGCCGCGUCGGCUCGUUCGACGUCGAAGCUCCCGAUGUCCCGAGUUUUGACAUCCAGCUUCAGAGACUCCAUCUCCACCAAGUGUCCGAGUGCCUCGUGUCCUCGGAUGUUUCAUCAGUUACAGGGCCUGACAGUGGGUUGCUGAGGUUCGUUAGGACAUUGGAGGAUGUGAUAUCCAAAAACAAGAAAUUCAGGAGGCAGUUGAGCUACCAUUGACACACCAUGAGUUGUACUGCUCUAUGGUCCUUCAGGCACUGGCAAGACCAUGCUUGCUAAAGCGGUGGCACAUCACACUACUGCUGCUGGUUCAGAGUUUGUGCAGACGUACUUGAGUGAGGUGUCGACUAGGUUUCCUUGUUUAUGCUCGAGACUCCCAGUGUAAAAAAGUUGGACUUGUUUGAACUGCAGUGUUCUGGGAGAUCUGUUAACACAAGCUGAAGAGAAUGCCCCGGCUAUAAUAUUCGUCGAUGAGAUUGACGCUAUAGCUAGUGCUCGGUUCGAUGCUCAUACUGGGGCUGACGAGAAGUUCAGCGUAUUCUGAUGGAGCUACUCAAUCAGGUUUCCAACUCAAGGUACCAUUGGUCGAACUCAAGAUGUCGUUGUGGAUCAAGGACCACCUUGAGACUUCAUCUACGCUGAAGAAGCUACUUUUGAUGCUUGUUCUCUAUGGUACUUCUAUGGUGAUAGUGGAUGGUAUUGUCACACCAGCAAUGUCAGGUUCAUAUAUUUCUGUUGCAUUGUUCGUCGUAUUUCUCUUCACCCAGUCUUAUGAUCUUACAUAUUUGCUUUCAGCAGUACCAUUGUGUUACCAGUUUUCGUCUUCUCACAGUAUUACUUGCAUUUUUUUUCCUGUCGGUAAAAUCUGCAGUGAUAACUGCUGUCAAUGGCUUGAAGGUUGGAAUAUCUAGUCUUAAUGAAGGUGACCUUGAAUAUGUUGGUUGAUAUUAACCGGUUAAAUAGAAAAAUGUGUUACUGCAUAGAAGUGCAGGAUAGUCACCUUCUAUUUUGAUUUAUUUUUUCCGCGUUUCUAAUUGUUCUCGAGUCUGUAAAGGUUUGGAACAUUCAAAGUCGGGCUUGCUGUUGGACGUGCCUUGUUCAUAUGGUUUUGCUGCCUUUCUGGGAUAGGAGUUUAUAAUAUAUGAUACAGAAGUAUUACGCGCAUUGGGUCCUAUAUAUAUCUACUACCCUUUUGAAUGAAACCCAACUCAAGCUUGGAUGUCUCCCUGCGGCUGCCUUUUAUGUUCAACAUGUAUGCUUUUUGACCAUAUUCUUAAUGUUAGUUGUGAUUAAACUUCUUUGAAGUUCUCUAAGAAUGUGUUUGCUUCAGGUGCAUAGUUUUUGCUUGACUUAAAUAUAAAAUUAGUUACUGUCUGUCAAGUCCUUUCGUUUUUCUUCUAUAGGAACUCUGAAACUCAUAAAUAUGUUGAGUACAUUUGUGGUGUUACUAAACAUAACUAGACCACUUGUUCUUACUAGUAACUGCGCCUCAUGCAAUGCACGUCAUGACCAAAUUCAACAUCUUGCAUCAGAUUGUGGAACCUCUGUCUUAAAUGCCAUGUGCCUCUGGAUUUGAUAUUAUGGAAAAGAGAAAACUAAUUUCGAGAUAUAAGACACUCACGCUAAAACUACUAUUUCGAGAUAUGUGCCACUCAUGCUUCUAUCUUACUAUGACACUAAAACUAUUUGCAUCGUCACCAACAUGAGGCAUUUCUGAAACUCAGGUCCUCACAGAGAUCCUAGAAAGAUUCAAAUGGUUUCCCCCCUCUUAUAUUUAGAGUCAGCAUCCAGUAUAUUCACAGGCCACUUAGUUAAUAGUUAAAGCUACUUCAACUUAAGAUUAGAGGUCAAACAUCAGGGCAAAUAGAUUAGAGAAUAGUACUUUUCCUUGAGCUUUAUGUUUAGUAAUGAUUGUUCUGUAUAUUUGGCAGGAGGAAUAUUUGCUUUAUACUCUCUAAUACUAUGCAGGAAUGCAAAGGCUAGCCUGCUCCCUAAUUAACUGCUCUCUGAGAUGCAGACUAAGGCAUAGCCUAGUGGUGGGAAGGGGCUGCUGAUGCCUUCCCACCCAAACAGGUUCAAGGCACGGUACUUGCAAUUUGGGUUUGUUGCACCAAUUAUGCUGUAGGGGGUUCCCUUACAGUCUUUCUGUCAAAAAAAAAAAACUGCUCUCUGAGACCCGUAUAUCAGGUUUCCAGCUCAAGGUACCGUUGGUAGAACUCAAGAGGUCUUUGUGGAUCAAAGAGCACCUUGAGACUUCAUCUAUGCUGAAGAAGCUACUUUUGAUGCUUGUUCUUUUUUGUACUUCUGUGGUGAUAGCGGAUGGUGCUGUUACACCAGCAAUGUCAGUUUCAUAUACUUCUGAUGCAUUGCAUAUUUGCUUUCAGCAGUAGUAUUGUGUUACCAGUUUUCAUCUUAUCACAGUAUUAAUUCCAUUUUUUUUCUGUAGUUUAAGUCUGCUGUAGAUGGCUUGAAGGCUGGAAUAUCUAGUGUUAAUGAAGAUGACCUUGAUAAAAAGAUGUGUUACUGGCUUAAUGCUUAGAAGUGCAGGAUGCUCACCUUCUAUUUUGAUCUUUUUUGUCAGGUGAAGUGGUCAUGACGUUGCAUUUCUCGUUGUUCUAAUCAGUCUGCAAAGGUUUGGAACACGUAAAGUUGGCUUGCUGUCUUUUUGGGACAGGAAGGGGCUGCCUUUUAUGUGAAACAUGUUUUUUUUUUACCUGUUGAUGUGUUAGUUGUGAUGAAACUUAUUUGAAGUUCUCUAAAAAUGUAUUUGCUUCAGGUGCAUAUUUUUGUUUGAGUGACAUAAAAUUUGUUACCGUCUGUCAUGUGUCCUUCUGUUUUUUCUCCUAUAGGAUUCCAAAACUCACAAAUAUGCUGAGCGCAUUUGUGGUUUUAGUAAACAUAAUUAGACUUUUUGUUCUUACCAGUAACUGUGCCACGUGGAAUGCGCUUGAUGACCAAAUUGGACACACCGCAAGCACAAGAAUUUGAAGGCAUCCUCUCUGCUGAGUUCAUAUUGUGGAACCUCUGUUGUUAACAUUAAAUGUCAUGUACAUCUGUAUUUGACAUCAUGGAAAAGAGAACUAAUUCCUUUCAUUGCUAACAAAUUUAACUCAUUAUUGCUAAAAUUAUUAUUUCGAGAUAUAAGCCAAACACGCUUCUGUUUUACUAAGAUACAAAACGAUUUGCAUCAGUCAACAAUAUGACGCAUUUCUGAAACCUCAGGUCCUCGCAGAGAUGCUAGAAAGAUUGAAAUGGUUUCCCCCCUGUUAUAUUUUGAGUCAGCAUCCAGUAUAUUCACAGGCCACUUAGUUAAUAGUUAAAGCUACUUCAACUUAAGGUGAGAGGUCAAACAUCAGGGCAAGCAAAUGACGCUCUAGUGAUUUUGGAUUUACUAUCCAUUUAAUAAUCAGUACUAUGGGUUCUGCGUUAGUAAAGUAUGUAAAGAGAGGGUAAUCUUGAAUCCAAAUUAAUGGCAAAUUCUGUAAGAGGAUAUUACUGGAAAUAAUCAUCACCUAGAAAAAUGUAAGAAUCCUCUCUAAUGUUGUGUUGCAUAGACCCUACAAAUAGUGUGGACUUUAUGGACACUCUCAUCACCCAGUGUACGAUAUGAACGAUAUUAGCCUUUGCAAUACAUAAUAUAUGUGAUUCUACAUUUACUUACCUUAGGUUGGAAGUAAGUAUAUCUUAAGCAUUGAGUAAAGUUUGUAGCGUAGAUAUUUACAAGAUUGGUUUUUCUGCAGAGGAUCCGAGGCAAUGUUUGCUGAUUUGCUACUCUGUUAGAUCAGUUCAACUAGUCUAUCAGUUCAGUUUGUCUUUUGCACUGCUGAGGGCUCCAUGUUGCACUUCCAACACCUAGUUGAGAACUUACUAUUGCUCAUAUGGUGCAGCUUACCUUUGCAUGUCUUGUCCUUCCAUGCCUUCUACUGGGUUACCCAGGGCAAACUGCAGUUUUUGUGGAGAACUUGACUGAAAAUGAGAAGACCUUCUGUCUAUCCCGAGCAUAGCCGAACUUGGGGUCAUGAUGAUCACUACCAUAUUGGUGACCAUCAUAGUGCUUCUGAUAUGUGGCAGGUCAACAUCAUUGUCGAUCUAUGCUUUCUCAUCAUCCUCCUAUGCCUGCAGCUAUUUUUCUUUUCUUCAGUUAUAGGGAGUGUAGGAGAUGGUAGUUGGGUUCUUUUGAUAUUUGCGGCUAUAUGUACAGAAGGACUAUGGGACCAAGUUGAAGUACGAAACUGACGUUAGGCAAAAAAAUAAAAAUCGGUGGAUUUAAUGA